GAGGUAUCGAUCAUUUCCGUACCCACUAGAAACUCUUAUCGAUAAUCGAUAAUCGAUAACUGACUAUCGCGAAAAAAAGUUACCCUGCGCAGAAGAUUGAAAGCAAAGUUUCAAGUGGAAUCAAUCUUAGCAUAUCUAACAAUUGUAUAAGCCCUCCACCGAACGGGCGCAAUUUUACUAGCAAAUUGCUAUGAGAUAGGCAAUGAGCUCACUCAAGAGGAAAGAUGCCCCUGGGGCGGCAUCAAUUGCAAAACCCACGAAAGCGCAUAGCGACUCGCGGCCGUCAAAGCGAUCCAAGCCCGACAAGACCUCUGAGAAAAAUGAUUCUGAGAAAAAUAAUGCGAAGUCGAAUUCGAAUUCGAAACCCACUAGCACAUCUACAGUCUCGCGCUUAAAGGAAGAUGAACCUCUUUUUCCUCGUGGAGGUGGCAGCGUCCUCACUCCACUUGAGCACAAGCAGAUCUCCAUACAGGCGAAGCAAGACGUUCUAUUCGAGCAAGCGUCCGGGCAGAGUACGAACAAACCAGACCGUAUUUCCAAGAAGAAGAGGGUCAAGCUAUCGAAGGAUGGAAAGUCUGGAAAGUCUCAGCAGGAUGAAGAGAGUACGAAGGUCGAGAGUCUCAACUACAAGCGGCUAGUCAAAGGCUCUCUAGUUCUCGGCCAGGUAGCGGAAAUUAACCCUCUAGAACUUGUCCUAUCACUACCAAACAAUCUCUCUGGCCAUGUGCCAAUUACUGCUAUUUCCGACACUCUAAACGAGAAGAUAGCAGCCGAGGCGGCCAAUGACGAGGAAGAUGACGAGGCCGAAGAUGGUCUCGACCUACAGACCAUCUUCAAAAUUGGCCAGUAUCUUCGCGCCUAUGUCACGUCAACUAUUGAAGAGUCGACAGCCGCUUCUGCUAAACCUAGGAGGCGUAUUGAAUUAACAUUGCGUCCAGCUCUCGCAAAUACAGGUUUAUCCAGUCAGGAUGUCGUUACCAACUCUACCGUCAUGGCAACAGUCAUUAGUGCCGAGGACCAUGGUUUCGUCAUGGAACUAGGUAUAUCUGAUUCAGACCUGCGAGGAUUCUUGCCUCGAAAAGAGUUAGCAGAAGACAUGACGGAUUCUCAACUACAACCUGGAAGUGUCGUCUUAUGUCUCGUGACGGGGAAAGCUACCAACGGCAAGGUUGCUCAGUUGACUACUCUUCCGAAUAAAAUUGGGAGAGUCCAGAACUAUGCAUCAGAAGCAACCACAAUUAACACGUUCUUACCAGGAUCCGCGGUAGAAUUCAUGGUAACAGAUAUUGCCAAGCGUGGAAUACUAGGAAAGGUUAUGGGUUCCCUGGAUGUUACGGCUGAUCUAAUCCAUUCGGGUCUCGGACCCAAGGCCCUAGACUUGGAUUCCAAGUAUAAGAUUGGGAAGAAGUAUAAGGCUCGCGUAGUAUGCAACUUCCCAGCCGCUAAAGAUCCAAAAUUAGGUGUCUCGUUGCUAGACCACGUGGUGUCCUUGAAAUCAAAGUCGACUCCUUCGGGUGAGCUGCCUCCGAAAGCUCUCCCUAUAUCAUCAGUGGUGGAACAAUGCAAGGUUAUCAAGGUUGAUCCAGAAGUCGGCCUGUUUGUUGAUGUUGGUGUCGAAGGAACACCUGGGUUUGUACAUAUAUCCAGGGUCAAAGAUGGUAAGAUCGAUAUGCUGUCCGAGUCUUCUGGCCCCUUUAAAACGGAUUCCGUGCACCGUGGCCGAGUAGUAGGCUACAAUGCUAUUGACGGCAUGUUCCAUCUAUCGUUCGAGAAGCACAUCCUAGAGCAGCCGUUCCUGCGCAUCGAAGAUAUACCCAUAGGUGAAGUUGUCAACGGGGAGAUUGAGAAGUUGAUGGUGAAUCAAGAUGGCGUCAGUGGCCUGCUUGUUAAGCUUGCAGAGGGUAUUGUUGGCUUUGUUCCGGAAAUGCAUUUGGCAGAUGUUCGACUACAACAUCCCGAGAAGAAAUUUCGAGAAGGACUCAAAGUUAAAGCUCGAGUGCUUUCAACCGAUCUAGUCAAACGACAAGUCAAGCUUACGUUGAAGAAGACGCUUGUAAACUCCGAAGCGGUCCCCCUAAAGUCGUUUAACGAAGUUACUGUGGGUAUGCAAGUUCCGGGUACCAUCAUCAAGGUGUUUGCCAACGGUGCCAUCGUACAAUUUUAUGGUACGCUCAGAGGGUUUUUGCCAGUUUCGGAAAUGAGCGAGGCGUACAUUCAAGAUCCAAAAGAGCAUUUCCGUAUCGGUCAGGUUGUCAGCGUACACGUCUUGAGUUUCGAUGUGGAGGCACGAAAACUCUUCGUUUCCUGCAAAGACCCUUCCGCCUUUGGUCUCGACAAACAAAAUGCCCUCAAGAAACUCCAGCUCGGAGAUGUCGUCUCUGCUAAAGUUGUGCAGAAAACUGAGGACGAUGUGUUUGUCGAGUUAACUGACAGCUCUCUGAAGGCCAUGUUAUCGGUAUGGCAUCUGGCCGAUCGACCCAACAAAUGCCAAUCUACCUUGAAACACGUCCGCGUUGGACAGACCCUCAACGAUCUUGUGGUCCUAGAGAAGAAUGAAGGUCGUCGAUACAUAGCGUUAUCGAAGAAGCCUAGCUUCGUCAAGGCGAAUAAGGAUGGGAAGCUUCUCACAUCUUUAGAAGGAGCUAAAGUCGGCGACCUUCGGCAAGGUUUCGUAAGAAAUAUUACCGCCACGGCAGCCUUCGUCCAGUUCUGUGGUCAGCUUACUGCCUUGCUACCCAAGUCAAAAUUGCCCCAGGAAGAUCAAAAGAAGACAGACUUUGGACUAGAAAAAUACCAACCAAUACUUGUUAAGAUUGAUUCUGUAGACAGAGAUCGUGGCAGGAUUGUUGCUGCUUCCCCCUUGCUUGAAGAUGAUAAGGGCUCGAAGAACGAUACCUCUACCGUAUCGAACAAGAUUGAGAACCCGGUGGACGAGACUAUUUCCUCGACUGAUGAUAUAUUCAUAGGCAAAAUUGUCAAGGCCAAAAUCACAUCGGUUAAGAAUACGCAACUCAACGUUAAGCUUUCCGACAACAUACAAGGCCGUGUUGAUGUUUCCCAAGUAUUCGACUCCUGGGACAAGAUUUCAAAACCGAAGUCCCCAUUGAGUACAUUCCGAGUGAAUAGCACAAUUACAGUUCGAGUUUUGGGUGUCCACGAUGCCAGAAAUCAUCGCUUCUUGCCCAUAUCGCACCGAUCAACUCACUCAGUCCUUGAGCUGUCUGCAAGACCGAGCGACUUAAAGAAAGACGCCCCGCAGGUAUUAUCAUAUGAUAAAUUAGAGCCUGGCUCUACUCAUGUGGGCUUCGUCAAUAAUGUUGAUCAUAAUUCCCUUUGGGUAACUCUCUCGCCUAAUGUGCGAGGCAGGAUCAACACCCUAGAGAUAUCAGACGACGUUUCUCAACUCGAGAAUCUGGCUUCGAGCUUCCCGAUCGGGUCCGCGUUAAAAGUUCGUGUUCUCGCAGUUAAUGCAGCUGAAGGCCGUCUCGAUCUCUCAGCACGCUCCGCAGGCUCGUCAGCGAAUCUCACUUGGGAAACAGUUAAACAGAACAUGGUUCUUCCUGGUCGGAUUACAAAGAUUAACGAACGGCAGAUCAUCGUGCAACUCAGCGACGUUGUCUCUGGCCCUGUGCAUUUAAUAGACGUUAGUGAUGAUUACGGCGAAGCAAACACACUUUCCUACAACAAGAAUGACAUCACCAGAGUUUCAGUUGUCGAAGUCGAUAAGAGCAACAAGAAAAUCCGGCUCUCGACUCGUCCUUCGAGGGUGUUAAACUCUUCUUUGCCUGUUAAAGACCGCGAAGUCACUAAGGCAUCUCAAGUGAGUGUCGGUGAUAUUCUUAGAGGAUUCGUGAAGAAUGUCUCCGACAAAGGCUUAUUCGUGAGUCUCGGCGGAAAUGUAACAGCAAUGGUCAAGAUCUCAGAUCUUUCAGAUAGAUACCUCAAGGAAUGGAAGGACGAGUAUCAGAUUGACCAGCUUGUCAAGGGCCGAAUAAUCUCGGUAGAUUCCGAUACAGGCCAUAUACAGAUGAGCCUCAAGGCUUCAGUCGUCGACAAAGAUUUUGUUCCGCUCAUCAAUUAUUCAGACCUCCGUGAAGGCCAAAUCAUCACGGGCAAGGUCCGAAAAGUGGAGGAAUUCGGCGCAUUUAUUGUCAUCGAAGGCUCUGCGAAUGUUAGCGGGUUAUGUCACCGCAGCGAGAUGGCUGAAAAGGCUGUCCAGGAUGCGCGAAAGCUCUUUGCCGAGGGCGACAUAGUCAAGGCAAUCAUCCUAAAGCUUGAUAGGCAGAAGAAGCGAAUAAGCUUUGGCUUAAAGCCCUCAUACUUUGAGGAUGUAGAUGAAAUGGAUGUCGACGACAGUGACGAGGAUGAAAAUGCCGGUGCCGCACUAUUAAGAGAUUCGGACGAGGACGACGAUGACGAUGACGAGAUGGAGGAUGCUGGUACCUCUGUAAUUAUAAGAGGGACCGAUAAUGAUUCAGAAGCAGAAGAUACCGACGAUGAGGAUACUAAAAUGGCAGAUAAGGAGGGCGACGACAUUGCUCCUCUCGACGCUGGCGGUUUUGACUGGUCUACCAAUGCGCUUGACAAGGUCGACGGGGCGGAUGAUGAUGCAGACGAAGAUGCGAGCGCAACACAGAAAAAGAAGAAGCGAAGAAAGCCGCAAAUUGAAGUAGACAAGAGCGGUGACCUAGACGCGUUUGGUCCCAGGACAGCUGUCGACUACGAGCAACUCCUCAACCGCCAGCCCAAUUCGUCCGCAUUAUGGAUCGAGUACAUGGCUCACCAGAUGCAAGUCAGCGAACUCGCCAAAGCCCGCGAGGUAGCUGAGCGUGCCAUUACAACCAUUAGUAGUACUGAAGAGACGGAAAAGCUCAACACUUGGAUCGCCUAUCUCAAUCUUGAAGUCCGAUUCGGCAACGAAGACAGCGUCGACGAAGUCUUCAGGCGUGCUUGCCAGGUCAACGAUCAGCAAGAGGUUUACCAACGCUUGGCCAGCAUCUACAUCCAGGAGGAUAAGGCUGGGAAAGCGGAUGACCUUUUCCAAACCCUCGUCAAGAAGUUCGGCGCGGAAUCACCGGAGGUCUGGUACAACUACGCACACUGGCUGCAUGCCGUCCAGAAUCAACCCGAGCGUGCCCGAGCCCUUCUACCUCGGGCCACCCAGGCGCUCCCGAACCACGCGCGCUUCCCGCUGAUGACCAAGUUUGCAGCGCUCGAGUUUAACUCGCCACACCGGAACCCAGAACUAGGACGCACCAUGUUCGAAGGCUUGCUGGCUACCUUCCCCAAGCGCUUUGACCUCUGGAACCAACUGCUCGACCACGAGGAUGUACCCGGCGCCGACAAAACUGCCAUCCGCGACAUAUUUGAGCGCGCUAUCCGGGUCAAAGGGUUGAAGGCUAGGGCGGCGAAGAAGUGGUUCAAGAGAUGGGCCGACUGGGAGGAGAAGAACGGCGACACAAAAAGUAGGGAGAGAGUUAGUGCUAAGGCUGCUGAGUGGGUGAGAUCUAGGGCUGAGGCUAAGGCGGCAAAGGAGGAUGAGGAAGAGGAUGAUGAUGAGUAGAUGGUGUCUUACUUGUCUUUUGCACGAUCAAGUAUCGGGUUGCUUCAUCUCCGCAACAUAGGCUAUUGUAUAUGGGUUAGGUGACAACCUAUACAAUCUUAAGUAUAUAUUUAACAGUGCAUAAUUCAAAGCAUUGAUUACGCUGCUGAAUAUUUCUUACCUAAUUAAACCAAGUUACGUUUGCUACUAUCCCACCAGGGGUAAAGAAGUACUAGAAGUUAUACGGCAUGC